AUGGAACCUCUCGGCGGCAAACAUGCAUCUUCGGUCCGUACGUCAAUAUCUAUGGACUUGCUCUUAUUCGCUUUGGCCUCUAUUGUACUCUAUCUACUUGUCUCCUACAUUCGACAAAAUUCACAACAGAAUACACAGAAGAGCCUUCCUUUACCUCCGGGACCGCCUCGAUUACCCAUACUUGGAAACUUCUUCAAUGCGCCAGAUGUCUGCUUCAACUGGUUAAUCCAUUAUCAAUGGAAGUACUUGUACGGACCAAUCGUGCAUUAUGAAAAGGGAGGACAGUCCCACAUCGUCUUAACAACGGUGGAAGCGGCCCACGAUCUUCUGAACAAGCGAGCAAGCAACUAUUCAGGACGCACAUUCAGUCCUUACGCAGGAGAGCUUGUUUGUAACAACUACAAUAUUCUCUUUCUGCAGUACGAAACCCAGUUCCGGCUACAUCAACGGCUUCAUGCUAAGGGACUGAAUACUCGCUCCGUGGCGCCGUAUCACCCUCUGAUAGAGUUGGAAUCGCUUCAGCUGCUGAAUGAUCUAUUGUCAGAGAUACAAGAGAAAAGUAGCGAGAAGCAAAUGGGAGGUGCUGUGAACCCUCACUGGCACUUCCGACGCGCAGCAUCCAGCAACGUGAGCAUGAUAGCUUGGGGCUAUCGACUGCUCAAAGGCAACCCCGAGCAUGAAGCACAAAUCAAGUUCUUCGAUGCUGCUCCAACCUCGGUGGUCCUCUUCGAACGCGAGGAGGCUCACUAUUUGGCCAAUUUUCGCAGCGCGCUGAAGAGACCUAGCUACAACCUGAGCAAACAAGUUGCCAACAGCACUGAUGUGUUGGAUAUGGGCAUGUGCGAGACCGAGCAGGCGUGGGUCGUGGGAACGUUGACCUUGGCCAACGGUGAUACCAGCGUCGCCACUCUGUGUUGGUUCGUCAUUGCCAUGUUGACGUAUCCGCAUGUCUUGGGCAAGGCUCAGAUCAUGGUCGAUGAAGUUGUUGGUCACGAUCGCUUGCCUGUUUACAAAGACCGGGAGAAGCUGCCAUAUAUCGAUGCAAUGGUCGAGGAGGUCAUGCGGUGGCGACCGAUCCUUCCAGCUGGGUUAGACCACGCGGCUGUUGAGGAAGAUGAGUACAAGGGAUACAGAAUCCCGAAGGGAGCAACGAUAAUUCACUCCCAGUGGGCGAUCACACGAGACAAAGAGGUGUAUGGUGCGGACUGCGACGACUUCAGACCGGAAAGAUGGAUCGAGAACGAAGACCUACCUAGGACCGCCUUUGGAUACGGAAGGCGACUUUGUCCAGGCAGGCAUGGGCUGUGGGUAUUGUUUGCCCGGAUCAUCUGGGCGUUUCGACUAGAGCAAACGACUGAUCAGAUCACAUUGAAGAAGAAGUUGAUUGAUCCGAUGUCCAUGUUGCCGGCGGGUAUCGUUGUUGGGCCUGAUCCCUUUGAAGCACUGUUCAUUUCUAGGGGUCCAUGGGUUGAAGCACUUGUACACAAAGAUCUCCAAAGUGCAGAGAAGGAUGUCGGAAAGAUCAUGGAACAGAGGCUCUAG